AUGGUGGACUCUUCCAAUUCUGCCCUGGCAGCCGGCCAGGCUCAGUCGAAGCCGGCUCCUAAAGCACAAAAUCCAGCCAUGAGGAUGCUCGGAAUGCCCAAUUUCCGCUUCAAGUUGCCUUCUCGGAAUUGGAUGAUAUUCCUCACUGUCACUGGUUCCUUCACCGCCGCUCUCCUCUACGACCGCCGGGAGAGAAAGCGCUCCCAGCAAAAAUGGUGCGAUUUGGUGGCUCACCUUUCCAAGGAGACUCUUCCCAUUGAGCAGACACGGCGCAAGUUGACAAUCUACCUGGCCGCCCCUCCGGGUGAUGGUCUUCGAAUUGCGCGGGAUCACUUCCGCGAGUAUGUGAAACCGAUUCUGGUGGCGGCCGCGCUGGACUACCAGGUUAUCGAGGGUCGACGGGAAGGCGACAUUCGUGCGGGCACAGCGGAGAAUAUCCGGAAAUUGAGACGGAAGGCUGGCGAACCGAGCAGUGUGGUGGAAGAGCAAAGCACUGAACAGAUCAUUGCCGCAGCAAGGCAGAGUAUGGGGGUUUACGAGGAACCUGGUCCACAGGGUGACAUCGUGAUUGGACGGCAUACAUGGAAGGAAUAUAUCCGUGGUCUCCACGAAGGGUGGUUGGGACCGCUUGAUCCUCCACAGCCGCCUGCGCCGGUGGAAGAGGUUACUAACCUCCAAAAUAACCCCGAAACUACCCCCGCAGAAUCUCCUGAGAAGGAGGGCGAACAAGCCCCCGAGAGUAAAGAGAAGGAAGAGGAAAAGGAAAAGGCGAAAAAGAAACCGGCAGGCCCGGCUCCAGCAUACAUUGCUCCCGCCGAUUACCCGUCCCGAGCCCUUCCUCCCACUCUCCCAGAGUCCUUUGACGGCUCUGUCCCAAUCGCGUUCCCGCACCUCCUGGGCUUCCUGAACACCCCGAUCCGACUGUAUAGGUAUCUCAACCGACGUCAUCUCGCGGAAGACAUCGGCCGCGAGGUCGCCGGUGCCGUCCUCGCCUCCUACACCAGGCCCUACCACGACGACAUCAUGCCCUCAGACUCCGAAUCCGUGACCACAACCCCCACGUCUAUCCCUGGCCAUGAUGUGACAACAGACCUUCCGCCCCGGAACUACGAGCAGCAGACUAUCCUCGAGGAGGCGGAGCGAGAAUGGCACAAGUCGGUCCACAAGCGCGACCCUGUCGGCCCCAACGGCGACAACGAACGCGAAUGGCUGGACAAUGUUGUUUUGGAUCCUCGGAUUGCUUCCCGUAUGCAGCGCUACACGCUCUGCCCUCACGAAGAGGCUCGUGCCCAGCGCAUUGUUGAGGGCACAGAGUACAUCCUUGGUGAGAAGAGGCCUGCCCCCGUUCCUUUCUGGAAGAACCUCUGGGUUCAGUAUGGAUACGGCGAGGAUGAGGAGACGCUCAAGCGGAAGCCGAUCCUUGGAAACAUUGAUGAAGAGUAA